CUCCAGUCGCAGCCCAUGCGUGAUGCAGUGGUAUAAAAGGUUCUGACUGCAGGAAGGCGUUACCACUCUCUGCGUCCCAGAACACACACAAACAUGAAGAUCCUUCUGAUCUGUAUCCUGGCUCUGGUCAUUCACGGCAGAGUGAAUAAAUGCGACUCAUCUCUGGAAAAGACAACACACAAGAGAGGAAUACAAGGGUCUUCGUUCGGUUCCGAAGGUAUCAGCCACGGGCACGGGGCAACCAGCUACAGCGCCAUCAGCCACGGAUCAGAUGCAGGCCAACACGGAAAUUUAAUUAGCUCCGUGGGGUAUGGCCACGGAGGAAUUGUUUCCGGAAUUGGCCACGGAGGAUUUUCUGCAGGAAUUGGCCACGGAGGAUUUUCUGCAGGAAUUGGCCACGGAGGAUUUUCUGCAGGAAUUGGCCACGGAGGAUUUUCUGCAGGAAUUGGCCACGGAGGAUUUUCUGCAGGAAUUGGCCACGGAGGAUUUUCUGCAGGAAUUGGCCACGGAGGAUUUUCUGCAGGAAUUGGCCACGGAGGAUUUUCUGCAGGAAUUGGCCACGGAGGAUUUUCUGCAGGAAUUGGCCACGGAGGAUUUUCUGCAGGAAUUGGCCACGGAGGAUUUUCUGCUGGAAUAGGCCACGGGGGAUUCGACCUGUCUUCAGGACACGGUUUGAGUUAUGGGGGUUUCCUAGGCGCCGGUCUCGGGGGUGGCGCCGGUUUUAGUGGCGAUGCGGGCGGCCAGGUGCAGGUGAACACCAUAACACAACAAAUUCCGGUCCCUGUCCCUCAGCCCGUACCGGUGACCGUCAACAGACCCGUCCCUGUGCCCGUCCCCGCCCCUUACACCGUGUCUGUCCCUCGUCCUGUCCCUGUCAACGUGCCCCAGCCUGUCUCUGUUACGGUAGUAAGGCCGGUCCCUUACACCGUGAACAGUCCCGUCCCUGUCCAUGUACCUCAACCCAUCCCUGUCCCUGUACCUCAGCCAUACGCCGUCCCCGUGCCUCACGCUGUUCCCGUGCAUGUACCUCAGCCUGUAGCCGUCCCCGUGCCUCAUGAGGUGACUGUGGAGGUGCCUUACCCUGUGGUGGUUCCUACUGGAGGAGGACUUGGGGCGGGUGGCGCCGGACUGGGACACGGAUUCGGAGGAUCUUCAGGGUUUGGUCACGGCUCUGCGGGGGGCUACGGAAAACACUAAAUUUCACAUUGGCUUUGCAGAAUUCAUCCGCCGAUCUUAAUUUUCCCACAGCAAAUAAAACUAUGGACAUCGUGAGACGUUAUGCAAUGUGACUGGUGGGUGUGAGGGUCUUAUCGUCUCCUGUACGCAUUGGAAAUAAAAUUACUUUACAUAUUUUACAUA